AUGAUUCUUCUUGGGCAGUGGAGAAGUUCAGCAAAACUAUGUUCCCCUUCCCUUGGCUGGUGAAACGGCUACAUAUAUCUCCAUAAACAACAAGGAGAGUUUCUUGUUUUCUUUUCUUUUUUUCUUUUCAUGUUUUAGAUGGAAAUUUUUGUGUCAAAUUCUACUGUUCUUUGAAAGUGGGAGUUUCCUUAUCCCCCUGUUAUCAAACCCUAAAACCAACAUCAAUCCUCACCCAACCCAAACAGAGAAGCAUCAAGAAAAACAAGAUUACCAAGUCAUUUAAAGGAAAUCAACAAUGCAGUUAAGAAGAUAUAUAAAUUUCCGUCUUCUUAUAUUAAUCUUACCUUCUUUUUCAUUCUUAAUUUAUUUAUCUCUUUCUUCGACUAGUACUAAUAUCUUUUCGACUUUUACCCCUCUCAGAGACUUUCUUUCUAAUCUCUCAUCAUCAUCACCAUCAUCGUAUGCAUUACCUCCUAUUCCAUCCAUAUUAAAUUCUUCCGACAGUACUAGUGAAUCGGUAUCGAAUUCGACUCGGUCGGGAAAUGAAGAUGAGAAAAAGAAAGAGUUAUUGUUAAGGUCAAGAAUUGCUGUGUGCUUAGUUGGUGGAGCAAGAAAAUUCGAACUCACUGGACCGUCAAUAGCAGAGAAUAUAUUGAACGUUUACCCAAAUGCAGAUCUUUUCUUAAAUUCUCCAUUAGAUAAAGACUCGUUCAAGUUUUCAAUUUUCAAAGACAUAGCUCCAAGAAUCGCUUCGAUUCGCAUUUUUAAACCGACCAAGUUAGAGGAGACUGAGAUUCAACGGCGUGUUCUCGAUCCAGACGGUUCUCCUAACGGCUUACAAGGUUUGCUUCAAUACUUCAGCCUUGUAGAAGGUUGCCUAACACUGAUCAACGCCUUCCAAGUACAGAAUAACUGUACUUACGACUGGAUCGUCCGAACCCGAGUUGAUGGCUACUGGAACGCUCCACUUUCCCCAGAUAACUUCUUACCAAAUGAUCAGUACCUAGUCCCAGCAGGUUCAAGCUACCGUGGAUUGAACGAUAGACUCGGAAUCGGUAAUCUCAACACUUCAAAAGUCGCACUAUCUCGGUUCUCUCUAAUACCACAACUAGACGCAGCAGGGUUGCAUCAUAUGAACUCGGAGAGUUCUUUCAAAGCUCAAUUCACUACUCAAGGUGUAAAGUUCUUUGAAAAUUUUAUUCCUUUCUGCGUAGUAAGUGCUCACACGUUUGAUUUUCCACCGACUCGGUAUGGUCUCCCUGUUGCAGCAAUGUCGAGCCCGGGUCCACUCAGCGGGGCAUAUUGUAGACCAUGUAAACCUGUUUGUGCUGGUCAAUGCGCGGAUGAUAUUAUGCAGAUUCUACAAGUAGGUUGGAGCAGGAUUGAAGGGGAAAAGGGAACGAUUCAGCUCUGUGAUGCUCAUGGUGACUGGGAAUCCGGCUGGGAGAAUAAUUUUGACCGAUUUGCAGGAGAGAAACUCGCCGAGCUUAGGAAACGAGCUAUGGAGUCGAAAUUCGAAAAAUGUGUGAAAGAUUUUGAUGAGAUGAAGAAACGUACAGUUAAUUGGGAUGCCCCGCCUGCUAAGCAGAUUUGUGGAAUUGCUUCGUUAUAAUAUUUUUCAAAUUAUAAAUACAACUACUUGUAUUAUACUUCCUCCGUCUCCUGUAUAGGCGGACAAUUUGAAUUCUCAUAGAAUAAAAAAAAAAUGGUUUUUAUAAAUUU